GCUGGGGGCUCCACAGCCGAGCCGACCUGGUUGCGCCUUCAAAGUCCUGAGACGCGCUGCCGCGGGGUCGGGGGCUGAGCCAUUGAGUCGAGGCCUAGCGGGAGCACUUCGGCGAGGAGGAAGCGAGACAUGGAAAUGAAGAGACGGAUUCAUUUAGAGCUGCGGAACAGGACGCCCUCUGAUGUUAAAGAGCUCGUCUUGGACAACUGUCGAUCAGAUGAAGGUAAGAUCGAGGGCCUCUCAGAUGAAUUCGAAGAACUGGAGUUCUUAAGCACAAUCAACGUCGGCCUCACCUCAGUCGCAAACUUACCAAAGUUAAACAAACUUAAGAAGCUUGAACUAAGUGAUAACAGACUCUCAGGCGGAUUGGAAGUAUUGGCAGAAAAGUGUCCGAACCUCACACAUCUAAAUCUAAGCGGCAACAAAAUAAAAGAUCUCAGUACAAUAGAACCGCUGAAAAAGUUAGAAAACCUCAAGAGCUUAGACCUUUUCAAUUGUGAGGUCACCAACUUGAACGACUACCGAGAAAAUGUCUUCAAACUCCUCCCCCAACUCACAUACCUGGACGGCUACGACCGGGAUGACAAAGAAGCCCCUGACUCAGACGCGGAGGGCUACGUGGAGGGACUCGAUGAUGACGACGAGGAGGAUGAAGACGAGGAGGAGUAUGACGAAGACGCUCAGGUGGUGGAUGAUGAGGAGGACGAUGAUGAGGAGGAGGAAGGGGAAGAGGAAGAUGUGAGUGGAGAGGAGGAGGAGGACGAGGAAGGUUACAAUGACGGUGAGGUAGAUGACGACGAGGACGAGGAAGAGCUCGGAGAAGAGGAAAGGGGACAGAAGAGAAAACGAGAGCCUGAAGAUGAGGGGGACGAAGAGGAUUAAAAGGAAUAACCUAUUUUGAAAAAUUCCUAUUGUGAUUUGACUGUUUUUACCCGUAUUUUUCCGCCACCUCCCCUCCCCCCAAACUUAUUUUUUUCUGAUUGUAAUGUUGCUGUGGGAAUGAGAGGGGGAAAAGUGUAUUGCAGGGGGGGAGGAAUAAAGUACUAUUUUUACUGCCA